UCGUGUGAAUUCUAGCAAAACGGCAGUCGCCAAGUCGCUACUCGAAACGCUACACCGGAGCGUGGCGUUUUUCGAUUGUUUAGUACGCCAGAUUAUCGAAUCGAUUGUCACGCACAGUUAUCGCGUACGUUGGGAAAUAUAAACAUUGUGCACGCGAAAAAGGCUGUCACCGAUGUGCCACUUGAACGACGAUCUGGUUAGGCAGACGCGUCGUCGUUCGCGGUCACGUUUCCUAUAAUAAUAGUAUAAUAUAAUAUUGGAGGAACAUUGCAGACUUUCGGAUCGUUUGAAUAUAUAGGUURCCAAACUUUUGAAAACAUUCAAAUCCGUAUGAUAGUUCGUUGUUCCUGGCGAUUCGUUGGUUUAGUGUGUUACACGAGUACCUAUAAGUAGUUCCGAGCACUGCAGGUAUACCUAUUACAGUUUUUUUCACCAACUACCGAAAGUUGAACUUUWUAAACUUAAUCCGUCCGAUAAAACAAAAUUGGUUCAACAUUAGAACUGAGGAAUACCGAAMGAUUAUAUUGUUUUCUAAAAAUAAAUAUUCAAUUCAUCACCGUGCUCGCAUAUUUUCUCCGUACACGCGCAUUUACGUGUCGUAGGGUUAUCGUCGCCAUCACACGUCACCGCGUGCGCGCAAUGAGACCGACAGCCGCCUACGCGUGUUUGGCCGCCGUGGCCGUGGCCGCAUUCGCCGUGGACGCGGCCGACCUGGACCUAGUGUUGCUGCACACCAACGACAUGCACAGCCGGUUUGACGAGACGGACCUGUACUGCAACGAGUGCCGCGAAGACGACGCGUCGCUGGGCCGCUGUUACGGCGGCUUCGCCCGGCUCGCCCAAUUCGUGAGCGAUGAACGGCGAUUGGCCAACGAGAGCGGCUUGCCGUCGCUGUUCCUGGUGGCCGGCGACACGUUCCAGGGCACGCCUUACUACUCACUGUUCCACUGGAAGCCCGUCGUCGACUUCAUCAACCAGCUCCGUCCAGACGUCAUGACUUUAGGGAAUCACGAGUUUGACGACGGUAUCGAUAAUCUUGUGUCUUACCUAGAAGGAAUAAAAAAUAUACCAACAGUAGUAUCCAACUUGAACACAACGGCAGAACCAAACUUGGAUAAAUAUCUUUUGCCAUCGUUAGUAUUUACAAUAAAUAAAACUCAAGUGGGAAUUGUUGGAUAUUUAACAACGGACACACCGACUAUAUCCAAAACCGGAGCAGUUGAAUUUUUUGACGAAGUUGAGUCUUUAAAAAAGGAAACAAAAAAAUUACGAGCUAAUGGUGUCAACAUAAUUAUUGGUCUCGGGCAUAGUGGUAUAGAAAAAGAUAAAAUAAUUGCCAGGGAAGUGGAAGACAUCGAUAUAAUUGUUGGUGGACAUUCGCAUACGUUUCUGUACACCAACACUCCACCCAGCAUUGAAAAACCUUAUGGACCAUAUCCACUAUACGUGACAAAUGUUAAAAAUAAGACCGUGCCAAUAGUACAGGCCUACGCAAAUACCAAAUACGUUGGAAAAUUAGUUUUAAAAUUUGAUUCUAAUGGUGACUUAAUUAAUAUCGACGGUACACCAACAUUAUUAAAUCAUGAAGCAAAACAAGAUCCAGAAAUGUUGACCGUGGUUGAUUACUGGAAAUCUAAGGUAUCCAAUGUUACAAAUGUUACAAUCGGACGUACGGCUGUUGAGUUGAUAAACAGUUGUCACCAAAUGGAAUGCAACAUAGGUAACCUGAUAGCUGAUUCCUUCGUUUAUUAUAAUAUUCUGAAAAAAGAAAAGUAUAAUGAGUAUUGGACUGAUGCUCCUAUUGGGAUCGUUCAAGCUGGCGGUAUUCGGACUACAAUCAACGAAACUGAUCACGAUGGUUACAUCACAUUAGGGCAGCUAAUCAAUGUCAUGCCGUUUAAAAAUACCCUGGUUAAAGUUACUAUUUCUGGUAAUAGCCUAUUAGAAGCAUUUGAACAAAGCGUUUACGACUUUGUAGAGGAUCAAGGUGGAUCUAAACUUUUACAAGUAUCCGGCGUUCUGGUCGAGUAUGAUUUAAAAAAAAGUCCUGGUAACCGAGUCUCUUCACUGUCACUUCGAUGCGGUGAUUGCAAUGUUCCUAAAUUCAAACCUCUACAGUUAACAGCUAACUACACAAUAGUGAUGAAUAAUUAUUUGGCCGAAGGUGGGGAUAAUUUUAAAACAUUUCAAAAAGUAUUAAAGAAAAAUCAAGUUUUAGAUAUUGAAGAUUACAAUGCAACAGCUAUGUAUAUCAAAAUUAUAAGCCCAAUAACAAAUGGAAUAGAAGGCAGAAUCAAAUUUAUAUCUAAUGGCAAUGAGAAGUCAGCUGGAUCUAAUAUAAAUUUACGAAACUAUAAAUUUAUAUUAAUUCCAUUCAUUAUUACAGUAUUAUUUUUUAACAUUUAAGACUUUUAUAUAUAUUAUACAUUAAUACAAUUAUACAAAAAUAAUUAUUAGCCUAACAAAUUGUACUAUAAUCUUACAGAUCAUAUUUUUUUACUUAAAUAAUAUAGUUUUGAUAAACAGUAAGCACUCCUCACUAAAGCCAAUAUUUAUAGGUACUGACGGUACCGUGCAUAGCUUACGUUUGAAUUGUAAUAGUAGACGGUACCUAUAAGUUUAUUCCUUAUAAUUUAAAAAUAAUUUUUUAAUUUAGUAAAAUGUAUGUGUUAAUAUUUAUUUUGCAAUUUU